AUUUGUUUAGAGUAGUUGUAUUAUGGGCAGUGGUCGAAGUGUUUGUUGGUAGUUGCGUAUUUAGUCCUUGGCGCAAGAGCAGUAGAAUUGUCUGGUUAUCGUUAAAUAUUGGAAGUUUAGACAUUGUAAAUACAUAAUUUAUUAAAAAUGUCUUACGCCUAUUUAUUUAAAUACAUCAUUAUAGGUGAUACAGGUGUGGGAAAGUCUUGCCUGCUGCUCCAAUUUACAGAUAAGCGAUUUCAGCCUGUUCAUGAUUUGACUAUAGGAGUUGAAUUUGGAGCUCGCAUGAUCACGAUCGAUGGGAAGCAGAUUAAGUUACAGAUCUGGGAUACAGCAGGUCAGGAAGCGUUCAGAUCGAUCACACGGUCAUACUAUCGAGGAGCAGCUGGCGCACUGCUGGUGUAUGACAUCACGAGGAGAGAGACAUUCAAUCACCUAACAACAUGGCUGGAAGAUGCACGACAACAUUCCAAUUCUAACAUGGUCAUUAUGCUUAUUGGAAACAAAAGUGAUCUUGAAUCGAGGAGGGAAGUGAAGAAGGAAGAGGGUGAAGCGUUUGCUCGUGAACAUGGCCUCAUCUUCAUGGAGACCUCAGCCAAAACAGCUGCAAACGUUGAGGAAGCCUUCAUCAACACAGCGAAAGAGAUCUAUGAAAAAAUUCAGGAGGGUGUUUUUGAUAUCAACAAUGAGGCGAAUGGUAUCAAGAUUGGUCCCCAGCAUUCACCCACCAAUCCCAACUUGCCGUCAGGUAGCCAGGGUUCAAUGCAAGGAGGAGGCUGCUGUUAGGAGCUGGCCCGCCUCGCCCCUUGCUCCUACUGUCCGGG